AUGAGUACAUCAUCAUCACCUGAUUCGCGAAGUAAAUCUCAAAAAAAGAGAGGCAAAAUCAACAUUGUAGCAUGUGAUAGAUGUAAGCGUGAUAAAAAAAGAUGUGAUGGGAAUUAUCUCACUCAAAAAACCUGCGAAUAUUGUCAAAAUCAUAACGAAAUUUGCGUCUACUCGGAGCCAAAUUUCUUGAGGAUCAGUCGCAUUUUGAAUGCUGCGGCGAAAAAUGCCGCUGCGGAGGAACGUGAAUCGGAUGAUCGCGAGAAACUUCAAAAACAAUUAAUAGAAUACGAAAAUACCAUAAACAAGUUAUCAAGUCAACUCGAAAUUAAAAGUAAAACCGAUCAAUCAAAUACAUUAAAUUCCAUCGAAAAACUUUAUAUUUCUUUAUUCGCGAAUUCCCAAAUUUCAAUCGAACAGACAAUGAUCUUAAAGAAAUUAUGCGAGAUUACCCAUGCCCCCAUAAAUUUAAAUGUAUACGGUAAUGAAAUUCGAAAUAAAUUGUCAAUACUUGAAACAGAUACCGUAACUGAUGAGGAGAAAAGACAAU